AUGGGACUGAAGCGUGUCCUCGUUAUCGCAGGCUCGGAUAGCUCGGGAGGGGCUGGCCUGGAGGCUGACCAGCGAGUUCUCACUGCCCAUGGCUGUUAUGCACUCACUGCCACGACGGCAUUGACCGCGCAGAACACCCUUGGGGUCCAGGAUAUCCAUGUUGUGCCGACAGAGUUCGUAAGAAAGCAGAUUAAAGCCGGCCUAGAGGAUGUUGGGGCCGAUGGGGUUAAGAUAGGAAUGCUGGCUUCUGCUGAAACAGCAGUGAUGGUGGCGGAAGAAUUGAAAGCUCAUGAAGUGCAUUCAAUCACCUUAGACCCCGGUCUAAUUGUUUACUUGAAGGUUAUGAUAUCUACCAGCGGUUCACAGCUGCUGCCAUAUACCACCGUCCUCACCCCGAAUAUCCCAGAGGCAGUUCUUCUGCUUCGAGAUUCCGGUGUGGACGUGAAGGAGCCAGAGAAUCUACAUGAUGCAAUCGCUCUCGCAAAACAGGUCCAUAAACUUGGUCCCAGGUAUAUACUGUUGAAGGGCGGUCAUCUCCCUCUGAACGCCCAGCGAGAGAAGCCCACGGCGGAUGCAGAUGCGGCCAUUGUUAUUGAUAUACUAUACGACGGCGAGACAGUGACUUUAGUGGAAGCUACCUUUUCAAGGUCUAAAAACACCCAUGGUACCGGGUGUUCCCUUGCAUCUGCGAUUGCAGCUAACCUUGCUAGAGAGAUGGAAAUCACACGGGCAGUGAGGGAAGCAUGUCGAUAUGUUGAAGCUGGGAUUAACACCAGUGUUGAUUUGGGAAAGGGAAACGGACCCAUUAACCAUUUUCAUUCCCUCUACUCACUGCCUUAUGCACCUGGGCACUUUAUAGAUUACAUCCUGGAGCGGCCAGAUGUUCAGCCUGUAUGGAAAGCUUUCACUGAGCAUGAAUUUGUGCAGAAGCUUUCCAUCGGGGCGCUUCCUGUUGAGAAUUUCAAAUGGUACCUUGUUCAAGACUAUCUAUAUCUAUCUGCCCAAAUUGUCCUCCAUAUCCAGCAUGAGAUGAAACUGCAUCUCGACUACUGCGCCUCAUUUGGCCUAUCAAAAGAGGACAUUGAAAGUUCAAAAGAGAGCUUGACGUGCACGGCCUACAGCCGGUAUAUCCUCGAUAUCGGCCAAUCGGGUGACUGGCUUGCUCUUCAAUUUGCGCUUGCCCCUUGCCUCCUCGGCUAUGGUGCAAUAGCACAGCGGCUCUUCCAUGCUGAAGAAAGCGUUCGAGAAGGCAAUAACUACUGGAAAUGGAUUGAAAACUAUGUUGCAGACGAUUACUCUGCAGCCGUCAAGCUAGGCUCAGGUGAGAACUUCUACAUACAUACCAUCUUUACAUGUUUCUGUUAA